GCCCGGAUCCCAAGAGCAGCCUCGCGCGGGAACCGGCCCCGAAGCGCUGCGACCCCCGCCAAGCCUGAGUGCCGGCCGAAGCUCCAGGCGCCCAGCGCGCUCCUCGCAGCCCCCUCCGCUGUGGGGCGCGCGGGGGCCCGUAGAGGCACCUCCCGCCGGCCCGCCCACCCGGCCCGCGCGGCGCGGCGCUCGCUCGUUUUCCGGGAGGCGAGUGAGGCGCGGUGUCCCCCCGCGUCGUCAGUCCUGCCCCGCGAAGUGGAGAUGCGCGAGAGGCAGGCGAGGGCGCGCAGCUCGUGAGACGCCGCGCCAGCCGGCACCAUGCGCCUGCGGCCGCUGCCCCUCGUCGUGGUCCCCGGCUUGCUGCAGCUGCUCUUCUGUGACAGUAAAGAAGUGGUGCCUGUCGCAGAGGGACUAGACUGGGAAGACAAAGAUGCUCCGGGGACAUUGGUCGGAAACGUGGUUCACUCACGGAUCAUCAGCCCCCUGCGCCUGUUUGUUAAGCAAUCCCCAGUGCCGAAGCCAGGCCCCGUGACGUAUGCAGACAGCAUGGAAAACUUUUGGGAUUGGCUGGCCAACAUCACGGAGGUUCAGGAGCCAUUGGCCAGAACUAAACGGAGGCCAAUAGUAAAAACAGGAAAAUUUAAAAAAAUGUUUGGAUGGGGUGACUUCCAUUCCAACAUUAAAACUGUCAAACUCAACCUCCUAAUCACAGGAAAAAUUGUCGACCAUGGGAAUGGAACAUUCAGUGUUUAUUUCCGACAUAAUUCAACAGGCCUGGGCAAUGUUUCAGUGAGCUUGGUACCCCCCUCCAAAGUAGUGGAAUUUGAAGUUUCUCCCCAGUCUACCUUGGAGACCAAGGAAUCCAAGUCUUUCAAUUGUCGCAUUGAGUAUGAAAAAACAGAUAGGGCGAAGAAGACUGCCUUGUGCAACUUUGACCCAUCCAAGAUCUGCUACCAGGAGCAGACUCAGAGCCAUGUGUCUUGGCUGUGCUCCAAGCCCUUCAAGGUCAUUUGCAUCUACAUUGCCUUUUACAGUGUUGAUUACAAACUUGUGCAAAAGGUCUGUCCUGACUACAAUUACCAUAGUGAGACCCCCUACUUAUCUUCUGGCUGAAUCUUUCUGCAGCUAUGGAAAUGAAGGACAUAGAUAUAUAGAUAUUUAAGUAGAAUGACCACAAAACAUGAUAAGUUCUUCAUGGUAAAGGAUCCCUUCUGUUUCUGGCAUUGAACCAUAGUUCUCUAUCAAGUUUUCUAAUUAAAAAAAGAAAAAGAAACAUCUUCAAAUGUGGAAUGUGUUUGUUUUGUUUUGAUUAUAAGUACUUUUAACUAAGGAGUCAAACUGUUGAUGGAACCAUCACUUUUGUGUAAGAUGACCAAGUUCUAGAAGUAUCAUUAAUUCUCUAAAAGAACAAGGAUACGCAGCCAUGUGUAACAAGAAGGAAUCGAAUGAUGCACGUGAUUCAUGUUGCUCUGAAAAUGAGCCUGAAUUUGACGUAUGUUUUGAAAAGUUACCUUGAAACUAGGAGAUUCAGUAGUAACCAAAAAUGUUGUAUUUGAUAAAUGAAUUGUGUUUCUGACAUUGAAUUCCUUUUUUAUUCCUAACUCUCUCCCCACAUCUGUACCAGCAUUGAUACCAGAAGUGAAAGGGUACAAUUUGUCUCCAAAUCCACGUGUGGAGUUACAGUGCCACAGUGGAACUGGGUGUAUCAUCUGAGCUGGAUGUGAGUGGAAUGUGAUCUAAGCACUUAGCCAUGAGUUGAUCACAAUCCUUAGUAAUCUCAUCUGAGUGAUAAUCCUGGUGUGUGAUCAGGAAAGCACAUCUGGGUAUAAGUCAGUUCCACAGUAAUGAAGCUCAGUAGUUUCUAGAUUCUUCUGUCAAAUUCAGUGCUGUGGGGUUACCAAAAAUGACAAAGCUUGUGUUCACCCUCGCUGUUAAAACCUCAUUCUAUUUGUUUUACAGUGUGAUUUUAUAUACACGUGUACAGUAAUUCUGAAAUUUGGAGGAAGUAAUUGCUUCCUUGCUGAGAUUGGGAACAAAAAUUGGAAGUGGAGACAGGAAAAAUUCCAGGAUUCUGGCUGGAUUUGUUGUAUUUAGCAUUUCAGACUAAGUUCUCAUUGCAUUUAACUAUUUGAAUGAGGGAUCAAUUUCUGUAAGGAAAUAUAGGAAUAUUUAAGCAUUUCUAAUUAAGUGCUAACAACCCUGAUACCUGGCUUACUUUGCCAGACUUUUGAAAUUACUUCCAAAUUAAGGUCACUUCCCAGUCAGUGCCCCUGGCAUCAUCUCUGUGGGAGUAAAUGGCAAUCCUGUAUGGUGCAACUGGAUGAUCCUUGAAUUAACACAGAAUGAAGAUGUGGUUGGCAGGAAAGAGGCUGCUAGAACCCAGGAGACUAAUGGAGUGCUUACUCAUUUUAUAAUACAUGUUAACUUUUUCCCUUCUCUUGUCUGUAAAAUACCAACUAAAGUAAAAUAUUAAAUUGAAGACUAAAGUAAGCUAAGUCCUAACCAACAAAAAUGCAUUUUCCACCUUGUUCAAACAGCAAGCAGCUCUGUUCUCUAUUUUACAUCUCGAUUCCUUUCUUUUUACUGGUGAAAUCUGCACAGUGUUCGAUUUUGUCCUUUGUAAAAUUGUACUAGGCUUAGUGUGUGGUAGUGCAGGCUUGAAAUAUUUUCUCUGAGUUCAUCGGGUGCUUUUGUAAUUUUUGUGGUUGGUGAGUAACAUUUUGAGACAUGUUUUUAUUUUCAUCUAGACACAAGAGUAAAAGACUAUUUAUUGUAAAAUAUGUGGGAACCAUAUAUGUAUAUAUACUUAGCGAGUUUUCUGUGUACAGAGAAAGUAUGUGUACACAUUUCUAUGUAAAUAAAAAGAAUUUGCUAGAUCUGUCCCAUGA